CCAAAAUCGCAACCGCGCAUUUAAUGCUCUACCCUCUCCCAGUCUGUUAAAUUGUAUCACACUUUAAUUUAUUUCCAUUUCUAUCAUAAUACAGUGGCAUUUCUCGAAGGGCUAACGCGGAAGUACCACGUGUGACGUCAUCUCGAGGGGGCGGUUCCUCACGGUUUGCCUUUGAAUGAAGAUGUUGUCUCGUUUGCUGAAGGAGCACCAGGCGAAGCAAAACGAGCGGAGGGAGCAGCAGGAACGACGUAGACGUGAAGCCAUUAACGCAGCUACCUGCCUUACGGAAGCUCUGGUGGACCAUCUCAACGUUGGCGUGGCCCAGGCGUACGUCAACCAACGCAAGCUCGACCACGAGGUGAAAACUCUCCAAGUUCAGGCUGGUCAGUUUUCCAAGCAGACUGCACAAUGGAUUAGCAUGGUAGAGGGCUUCAAUCAGGCCCUGAAGGAAAUUGGUGAUGUGGAGAACUGGGCCCGCAGCAUUGAGAUGGACAUGAGGACCAUCGCCACAGCUCUGGAGUACGUGCACAAGGGUCAGCUUCAGUCAGCCCCCUCGUAGAUGCUUCGGCAGACGGGUAGCAAUGCUACGAAGAACCAUAAAAUAACUAAAGAGGAUACGGAGCACAAAAUGUGAAGCCUGGCGGCUUGCUUUAUUACACUUUUGCAGCAGUGCAAAAUAUGUCAGCUCACACGGAUGUUUGCUUAUUUGUAAAGUUGAUGUGUGCACUACUACUUAUGUAAAACAGUUUCAUCUCUGGAACCAUACAUGUCAGUAAUAAUGUUUAUUAACAGUGUCCAAUGUGUGUCAAGAUAGAUCUUUUAUUCAUAAAGAAAAGACCAUCGUGAAAUAAAAUGUGUUGUUGUCUUUCACCCAA